AUGCGGCCUCCUCGGCAUCAUGGGGAGAUGAGUUAUAAGAAGUGCUUUCCUCCAGGCAGGAUAGGAGAUCCUCAGGUGUUGUCUCCUCUGGCCAAGAACCUCUUCCACAGAGCCAUUUCUGAGAGUGGUGUGGUGGUCAGUACAGGCCUGGUUAAAAAGAAUAUCCAGUCUGUGAUUGAAAUAGGUCCCGGACAACUCUUGUACCCUUUGCUGAGCUUCCCUUGGCUGAUUGCUAUGAUUUCUGGCUGUAGGAACACCACAUCAGCUGUCAUGGUUCACUGCCUGCGCCAGAAGACAGAGAAGGAACGCUUGGAGUUCACACUGAAAUUGAUGAUGGGCUUAGAAGACAAGAUGGAUGAGAAAAUGGCCAGUUCCCUCCUGAUGAAGUUCCACUCUAACAUCUCUGAGAAUAUGAUUCCAGCAUUUAUUGAGAAGUAUUUAGGACAAAGAAAAAAGAAAGACCUUCUCCUGGACUUGUUUGGGGAUAUAUUUAUGGGUAUUCCAUCUGCUCUCAUGUCCCCUGUCCUCAGAAAUGCAGGAGUUCCUACCUACAUGUAUGAGUUUCAAUAUCGACCAAGCUUCGUAACUGAAAAGAGAUCCAAGACAGUGAUAGGAGACCAUGGUGAUGAAAUCUUCUCUGUAUUUGGGGCUCCAUUUUUAAAAGGGAGUGCUGCAGAAGAGGAGACCAACCUCAGCAAGAUGGUGAUGAAAUACUGGGCCAACUUUGCUAGGAAUGGGAAUCCCAAUGGGAAGGGGUUGCCACACUGGCCAGAGUAUGACCAGAAGGAAGGGUAUCUGCAGAUUGAAGCCCCUACCCAGCAAGCCCAGAGAUUGAAAUGGGAGGAAGUUGCUUUCUGGACUGAUUUCCUGGUUAAGAAGACUCCUCAGACAGAACACAGUGAGGGAUGA